AUGGCGUCGCAGUACGAUCCAAUCUGGGAUGCAACUGUUGUAAAUGUAUUAAAAGAAAUCGAAAGUAAAGAUGAACGAAAAAAUUGGGAAGUUGAACUGAUCGAGGAAGUAAGAAACUAUUCCUAUCAUUUCAAUAAAGUUCCUAUUGUUAAAUUUGAACCUUACUUUGGCAACGUUAUUCGCAUUUUUAGAGCUACAUUUUCGAUUUCGUUUCUUUUAACUUGGUGUUAUUUCUCACUUGGAUACAUAACACGUUUGCAUUGUCGACGCCAUGGAAAUUUCUCCAUCAUUAAGUCAGAUACAAGAUUCAAUGGCACUGUGGAAAAAUCUCUAGACGGUGUGACAAGAUCUGAAUGUGUUUUAUCGUGUCUAACAUGCGAUAGUUGCUCGUUUGUGAAUUAUCAUCCAACGUUUCUUGCGUGCGAGUUAAUGAAAGCUGAAGGAAAUGAAGUAUUAGAAGUUGGAUGGCAAUUUUUGUCAACAAAUUAUGGAACGAGAAAUAGGGGACCUGUUUGUCGAUCAUUCAGUCCAUGCGAACUUACAGAAGCAUGUGUUGAUACCUGCUUUGAAGACGAUCAAGUAGGAUACCAGUGCAUACCCAAUCAGUUUCAAAAAAUACCUACUUUGUCUAUGGCAGCAUUUCCGAUUCAUUCUUCAUACCCAUUAAAGAACCUGCAAGAUGGGCAUGAUAGUACGUACGCUGGAACUUUCCAUGACAGCACAAGUCACUUUAGACUUGACUUCGGUAUGGUAAAAUUCAUUCGAUUUAUAACAAUUCGUUUGGUAACGACUGUCAGGAAAGCUGUGAUCACGGUUGAUGAUAAAUUCUGUUCAUGGGUACCAGAAGUAGCUGAUGUCAAUUUUGUUGUAGAAUGCAAUUCAUUGUUAUCAGGUCAACAAGUUGUCUUAACUCAUCUGGAUUCUUCGCAAGCGUUUUUGGUGAGCGAAAUGCAUUUUUACGGUGACGUUUAAAAGAGUCAAAUAAAAAACACAUCAUUAAUAAGUGCACUUCUGCUGUUUACUGAAAUCUUAAAGUUUUUUCUCAAAUUUCAUGGAGCAGUAUAUUUUGUAAUUGGUUGUUUUGGUCUGUUAAAUAACAAGCAGAAGUAUUUUCCAUCUUUUGGUGAUGCCAGUACGUGCUGGGCACAAGAACAAAUACUUUUAUUUAAUAUAAAGAAGAAUUAAAUUACUUUGAGGUGUACAGUUAUGUGUAUCGAUCAUUGCUACUGUAGAAACUUGAACUAUAGUUACUGCUUGAAGCUUGUCCAAAACAGAAGACCAUUGGUAGAACAAAUAUUGUAAAUAUAAAAUAUUUCUUAUGUAAGAUUUUUUGAAUAAAAAUUGCCUACCUAGUAUUCUUUUGUUAGUUUGAUUUUGAUCCUAAGUAUGCUACCACCCAAGAGAGUGUUCCGAAAAAUAGUGGAAAUAUAUCUGACAUAACUUUAGGCA